AUGUCCCCAUCCACCGAGUCAGAGUCCUCUGGCAAGCAGAGUUCUACUCAGAAGUCGCCGUCGGGCGGAAAGAGGGAGGAGGCUUCGUUCCAUAUCCUUCCCCAUCCUGCAACCAAUGAUCCUAGAGAUCUCGAAGGCCCACAGCUUGGCGGUGGGCUGAACAGUAACCCUGAGAUCGGGGCGUUCCAUGCGCGUGAGCCGUACGUUCCCAGCCCCGCGCUCAUGCAGAAUGUGGAGCAGCCUAAGACCCGCGAGGAACUGAGAGCGAGGGCAGCAGAAUUAAAUCAGAAGAGCCAAAAGCAUACCGAGAACAGGGGAUGA